GUUGAUGCACCUCCACCCCUACCAAUUAGUUUUAUCAACAUCGUAAAUGUUGACACCAUACGUGCCACUCCAAGAGGAGGUGCUCGAGAUGUGCAAGCAAAUGUGACGUUUGAGUUUGAAAGACCUGAGGUCCUUUUUCCGAGGCGACUCCUCUUAUCUACGAGGUGUACUUGGGAUUAAACCCUCUUGGACCAACUGAUGAAGCUAUUUCAUUUAUUACCAUGAGGGAGCCUCGUGGCUAUAAAGUACAGGAAUUUACUGGUAUACCUUUGACAACGGAAAUAUUUAUGGCCUUCUUACAGAUUCGUUCGUAUCAGUUUGCUGACUUUCCAAGCAACUGGAGUGAUCCUAUGGCUGUACAAAUAACAGCUACCUCUCCAGUUGUGGCGAGGGUGAAUGACUCAGUUCUUGGUAACCCCUGGUUCACAGUGGCCAUCCCUGGUCCUGAAGACCGCUCCCUAUGCUACCAGGUCACGAGAGGCCGGCCACUACUUCAACCUCAUCUCAGACACCUGCGUCUCUGCCAAUGCCUACUACACUGCCAUGCCGUCCAACACCAGGAGAAACAGAGUGAGCAAGAUUGGAGUGAAGGCCUCGUCAGGAGGCCCUGAGGGGUGUGUGGAGGUGGAGGUUGAUCUGGAGCUCUGUGUGGCACGGGUGGGAGGGAGAGAAGUGGAUGGGUCUGUCACCAUUAGUCAGGUGAGGGUGAGUCGAGUGAGGACGAACCUGUGGAGGGUGGCGGUACCCAACUGCCAGCAGCCGGGGCUGGUAAUGUGGGUCACCUGCAUGUCCGACAGACUCCGCUUCGACGUGAACAGAGGCUCCAACCUUCGACCCGCCUCCCAUGGCCUUAUCGGUCAGUUCUGGAACAUCCCCAUAUCAGUGGGUGACCUUGACUCCGACAGUUCUCCAGACAUAGAACUCUACCAGCCAGGCCACCCCAGCUACCGCCACUUUCCUGCUUUCUUCUACCCCCUUGUCUGGGAUCUCUCUGAUGACGGCUGCUACUAUGUGGGCAACUCCCAGGGUGGCCCCGAGAGGUCACGUGACCCAAUCAACUCUGUGAUUGAGGGGUCUUACUCCCAGUACAUUGUUGAUGGACUAUUUGAUACAGAGUUUUUCUUUGGACAGUUUGAUGAAAGGUCCUGCUGACCCUGAAAUCUUCCUUAACUUGUAGCACUGGUUGCUGAGUAAUGAACAAUGAACCUUUUUAUACAGUAUAAUGUUGAUUUAUAUAGCUGGUAACAGAGAAGAAUGAAGAAAUCAUGAAAGACCUUUUCU